AUGUUCAACUAAAAUAAUUAUUUUAAUAAUUUAUAUGAAUUAAUGCAGAGGGAUUACUCAUACUUAUAAGAUGCUUUUAUAGAUCUUAAGUAUAAAAACAUUUAGUCAGAAGAAGCAUCAAAAUUAAGUUCUUAAAUAGAAAAUUGGAUUAACAUUAAAUAUUUAGAUCUUAAUUUAUUUUGUAACUAUAUUAAAAAAUAAGGAGCAGCUGAAUUAGGUUGUGCUUUAUCUAAGUGUUAAAACCUACAAAAGUUAAAAUUAUCUCUUUACAAUAAUUAUCUUUAAGAUGAAGGAGCUUACAAUUUAAUUUCACCAUUAAAGGCAUGUUUAAAUCUUGUUUUCCUGGAUAUUGAUCUGACGGAUAAUUAAAUAGGACCAGCUGGUUGUUUGAGCUUAGGCCUUAGUUUAUCUAAAUUAGAAAGUCUCUUGGAUUUAAAUUUAAAUUUAUCAUCUAACUCUAUUGGAGAUGAAGGGGCUUAAAAUUUAUUAUCUAAUUCAGAUAAUUUCUAAAGUCUAAAAUCUUUAAAUUUGCAGAUUCUAAACUGUAAAAUAGGUGUUUCAGGAAGCUAAAAUUUAGGAUACUCAUUAGUUAAAAUUGCGAACCUUGAAGAUUUGACUAUAAACAUUAGCUAUAAUAAUAUGCAAUCUGAAGGACUAAAAAGUUUAUGCAGUUCUUUUUUUAAUAAUGAACAAUCUUAAAUUAAAUUGAGUCUAGAUGCAAAAAGCAUUAACUUGUUUAAUAAUCAUGAAUUCGAUUUCUAAAGUGUUUUUAGCUUAAAUUUUAGUCUUAAAAGUCUAUCGAUUUGUCUAUUUAUUGAUAGUUGUUUAAACUACAUAAAUAUUAAAAAUUUUGGACUCGGCUUAUCAAACUGUAAAAAUCUUUCAACUCUGUCUCUAGAAAUUUAUAAUGGCUAAGAUUAAUUUGAGGAAAAUGAUUUGUAUUCAGCUCUUGCUUAAUGCAAAAGUCUUAAUCAUUUAUUUAUCAGCAUAGAGUAAAGAUAUGGCGAAAAUGAGUUUACUGAAAACUUUAGAUAAAAGUGUUUAAAAUUAAAAAGACUUGUAAAACUAUCCUAUUACUUGUUUGAAUGA